CUGAAGUUAUAAUGAAAACUAAGAAUGAUGGAGGAACCACUGAAUCAAGACGCUUCGCCGUCCAGCGGUGGCAAUUUCUCGGCAAGUGGUAGCGGUGAUCUGAAUUCGUCUACCAUAGCGAGCUUGGACGAAAGAAUAUUGGAUAUCACGUCGCGACACACUUUAAACGUUCUCAGAACACCACCCACCAAAAAGGCCAAGAGAGUCCGAUUCUUUCGCAACGGAGAUAAGUAUUACACGGGCGUGGUAAUGGCAGUGACGCCAGAAAGAUAUCGCAGCUUUGACAGUCUCGCGUCUGACCUGACACGUGCCUUGGUGUCGAGUGUAACUCUACCGAACGGUGUUCGUUCGAUCUAUACCAUGGACGGUCGUAAGGUGCAGAGCGUCGGUGACUUGGAGGAUGGUAAAUGCUAUGUGGUAUCCGGUCAAGGUGAGAUCUUCAAGAAGGUCGAGUAUUCGGCGUCCAAGGUCCGGCGGGGGAGCUCUUUGUCCGGACUACCGCAAUCACCUGCGGCUAGCAGCAGCGCCGGUGGUACCGGCAGGCAGAUCAGCGCCAUUCCGCUGUGCGUGAAAGCGCGCAUCGUGACGCUGAUCCGCCACGGUACUAAGCCGCGCAAAGUGAUCAGACUGUUGCUGAACAAGCGUAAUGCGCCGAGUCUCGAACACGCGAUGGAGGCGAUCACAGAAGCGGUGAAACUUGACUCCGGAGCGGUAAGGAAGGUGUACACGUUGUCGGGUCAGCAAGUGACUUCGCUCGAGCAAUUCUUCGAGAACGACGACAUCUUCGUGGCGUAUGGACCAGAAAAGUCUAUACAAGAAGACUUUGAGCUAGACUUCGAGGAGAGCAAAUGCGUGCAGAGUUUUCGACGAUGUCCGUGGAAUUCUAAGCGACAGAGCGGCCCGAUGCCACGUAUGCCCAGAAAGUCCGGCAAGAAGAUGCUCACCACCCCACAAGUCAGAACUCCCAGUCCGUCGUCUCUGAUACUGCCUCAACCGCUGAGGUUACACUACACUGUGGGCCAUGUUAUUGGAGAUGGAAAUUUUGCUGUCGUCAGGCAUUGUAUUCACAAAACUACUGGUGCUGAAUAUGCUAUGAAAAUUGUGGAUAAAUACAAGUGUCAGGGGAAAGAGACGAUGCUAGCAAGCGAGGUGGCGAUCCUGAGGCAAGUCUGCCAUCCCAACAUAAUCAGUUUAAUUGCCGAGCAAGAGACUGCUGAUCAGCUGUUUUUAGUCAUGGAACUCGUCAAGGGAGGAGAUUUAUUCGACGCAAUCGCAGCUGCGACGAAAUUUUCUGAAUCAGAGGCAAGUGUGAUGAUCGGUCAUCUGACUUCCGCUUUGGCUUAUUUGCAUUCGCAUCAUAUUGUACAUCGCGAUGUUAAGCCGGAAAAUCUCUUGGUUGAAAUGGAUGGUAGUCACGUUAGAUGUUUGAAACUAGGUGACUUUGGACUCGCGCAAGCAGUGCGAGAACCUUUAUACACAGUUUGUGGCACACCCACUUAUGUGGCACCGGAAAUUCUCGCCGAAACCGGAUAUGGUUUAAAGAUUGAUGUGUGGGCGGCUGGAGUGAUUCUUUAUAUUCUCCUGUGUGGCUUUCCACCUUUCGUAUCGGUAGAUAAUGAACAGGAGGAAUUGUUUGAACGUAUUUUGAGCGGCCAGUACGAAUUUACGUCACCGUAUUGGGACACGGUGUCGGAUUCAGCGAAACAAUUAAUUUCAAAUAUGCUGCAAGCACAGCCAGAACUUCGCUUCAGUGCCGAGGAUGUGUUGGAUCAUCCGUGGCUCGCGCAGAGCUUUCUAGGAGGCGAGCAGACCGCAGCAGCAACAACCACCGACACAUCGACGGAGCAAUACCGGAAUCAGCAGUGUAAGCCGAUAAGAUUGGCUACCUUUGAGUUCGACUUCAAGAAGCAGCGCAGUCAACGACAGGAAAACGAGCACGUCAAAACAAGAGUUGAGUGGAAGAACAGAGUGUCGGAUCAUCGCGACAGACUAGAGCUUAUCGCCAACCAGAGAAAGCAAGAUAAACAAGAUUGUGACGAGAUCGAUUUCGCUAAUGGCAAUCACAACGAAAAUGAGCCAGUGUUUCUUAGUUUUGACUGUCUGAAAAAUAUCCACAGUUUAAGUCAAUCGAUGCACGAUUUGAUAGAUAAUUUGAACGACAACAGAAGGUCGCGAUGUCGUCUCAAGUCGCAAAGCGCUACUUCAUCGCUCAACAGCAUUCCGGAAAAUUUAAAGACGUAUAAUUAUCGCAGCAGUUCAUCGACUCAUUGCGAUGAAGUCAACGUAAAGACUCCCAUUAACCAUCGAGGCAAAGAAGAAAAAAAUAAAGACUCAUCGAAGGAAGCAAAGCACCUAGACUUGAAUUGCGAGACACCCAAGUCGAAUAAAUUUGCUGUCGCGAAUCGGCAAAAUAAAUGCAAUCGAAAAAACUUGUACGAUAUAACUCGCGACGAUAAUGAGAGCAGAUUCAACAAUGAUGAUUUCCGCAACAGUAACGCGACCGUGUCAACAUCGAACGACAGCUUAACCGGUGACAGUUCGACCGGCAACGAUAUCGAGACUUCCGACAGUUUCGUAAACAUUCAAUUUGCGCGUUUGACACACGGACAAAAAUCAAGCUCGACGCAAAGCAUGGAGUCGACUGACAGCUUCGAAAAUGUGAGCUUCCAAUACGUGCGCCCAAAUAAUUGUAUUGUAAAUCGUUACUUGAAAAUUUCUUCGAAACUCACAGUUAAUCAGGAUCAGAAUAAGUCGACCACGAAGAUACUACAGACCCAAAUGCAAAAUUCAACUGCGCUGACUACAUUGAGGUCGCCUAAGCUAAACAUUCAGCCUGACGAAAAGGGCUGCAAUAGUUUAAGUAUUCAAGAAACAGAGAAACACGUGAAGAACGAAGCGGUAAAACUGCGACAUGAAAGAUAUAUUAAUAGAAAAAACCCGAUAGAUUCCAGAAAUGUUAGAAGCAAAAGGUAUAGCUGUUACUCAUCGUGCACGACAAAAAGAUCGCCCGAAGAGGUGCGCGACAAAGUUUCGACGCGAAAGUUUAGCUCGACGGAUGAAUUGCGCGAUGAAGUGAGGCAGAAGCCGACGACGCGGACCAAGCGGUUUAGCUUUUACACUCCACAGCCAUCGAGAAAGACGUACGAGGGCGAGGCAAAAACUGGGAGGAUCGCGUGCAAGUCGUCGGUGAGUCGCGCCCAGAAGUCUGAGAAUAAGAGGAGGGAUGGAGAAGAAGCGGAGAAGGAGAGAUUAGAUAAGAGUCGAAGAUCGGUGAUUGACGCUUCGACGGUCGCCAGCAGAAGCAAAUCCAACAGGCAGAAUGUUCACGUGAGACCGAGUGCUUUAGUGAAUACAAACAGGACAAAGUGAUGACGAGUGAUGGUGAAGGAUUCAGGUGAUUCGUACCGAAAAUAUGCGAACGUUUAAUCGCUGAUGCGUGACAGAAUCCAAAGUUCAAUACAAGCGCUUUAAAAAUGAAGCACUAAUUGCAACGGCAAUGUUGGUUAAAGAAAUUGAAACUGUUAAACUGGCCAAUACUCUCCGGCGCAAGGCGACCGGAAAGGCAAGUCUCAUCUAAAUCGAUAAUUAUCUUUCUAAUAUGUAUAUGCGCGUUAAAAAGUUUUGCAUUAUUUUCAAUUCGAUUGAAUUGCUGAAAAUCCUGAAAUUAUGGAACAAUAGCUAAUAUUAAUAAUCUUUAUUUAAUCCUUUAAAAUAUUAGAUAAAUAUCAACAAUGUCUAAAAAAAAUAUAAUUAUAUUUUUAUUGACGUGUAAAAAAGGAUCUUUAAGAUUCAUAGAUAAUAUAUGCAAUAUGGAAUAAUUUGAGUUGAUGCAAAACGUUUCAAAUGCACAUAUAUUUUCAUAGAAUUCCAUAGAAAUGUUGCUGUUGAAAACUGAAUAGCUAAAAGAGACCAAAGACAGAUAUACUUAUAAUGGCAAAGUGCGAGAUUUUUAAUAACAAAUAAUUAGACCAGACUAGAUAUACUACACGCAAAAAUUACACUUAUCAGUGUUAACUUUCGGGAUUAAUCUGGAGUUGCUAACAAUUAUUCCCGGUUGCAAUACGUCCCUUUUUAGAAAUAUCCUUAAUUAUAGAAUAUAAGAAUAAAAAUAUAAUAUAAUUAAUAUUAAUUUUAAUGCUAAUUAUAAUGUUCGUACAAUUAGUCUUAAAUUAUCCGGGAUUGGAAGGUGAUUGUAAUAAAAUAUUAUUAAAAUAGUAAUGGGUCUGGAUAGUGAGAGUAACGAUGAUGAUAGAGAUUGAAACGGGCGAGCUUCGAAUUAAGAACAAAACAUGCCAAAUGCAUUUAAGUAGAUUAUUUUGUAUCGGAUAUUUGCAUACGUCUAGCUGUAAGUAAAACGCAUAUGAAUAGAAUAUUCUAUCAACCCUCCCGCUUUUGUGACGCGAAAGAAAUUUUAAGAGACUCUUUUCGUGUAAAAAUUAAUUUUAUGACAGUCUCUAGUGUGAUUGUUUAUAUUACUGAUUGCAUAUUUCGUUUUAAAUUAAAUUCAUCUUGAGUAGGAAUGCGAGUUUAGACUAAAAGAUAUAUCGAAUAAUCUCUUGAUAGGUAAAAUAUAAGAUCGAAAAAGUUAAGAAAAGAUGCUAAGGAUUUUUAAAAAAUUUAGAAAUGCUAAAGUUUUCAACUUUAAAAGAGACGCGAUUGGUAUUAAUAAUAACGCAAGAAUUUUCACAAUGAAAGACAAAGGGCGAUGAAUUAGGUGAUUUUGAAAUACUGUGUAAAUGUAAUGCAUAUUAAACUGGAAAUACUGCGCAAAUGUAAUGCAUAUUAAACUUGUGCUUAA